GAUGGAUCAUUGGCGUCUGUGCUGCCUCCGGACUCCUUUGAGAGCUCCUCAUAUUUCUCUGACAGCCGAGCUCCAGCCUUUGCCAGGCUCAAUAGGAGAGAUGGAGGUGGUGGGUGGAGCUCUCACUUGACGGACAGGUCUCCCUGGCUGCAGGUAGACCUCAGAGACAGGAUGGAGGUGACGGCGGUGGCCACACAGGGCCGCUAUGGCAGCCCGGACUGGGUGAGCAGUUACAUGCUCCUCUUCAGCGACACAGGCCGAGUCUGGAAACAAUACAGACAGGAGGACAGCAUAGGCACAUUUGUAGGAAACGUGAAUUCAGACAGCGUGGUCCAUCACAAACUCCAGCAGUCCAUUAGAACUCGGUUCUUGCGCUUUGUUCCCCUGAAAUGGAACCCCAGUGGCUGGGUAGGACUACGAGUGGAGGUGUAUGGUUGCGCCUACAGGUCGUAUGUGGCAGACUUUGAUGGCAGAAGUUCUCUCCUCUAUCGGUUCAGCCAGAAAUCUAUGAGCACAGUGAAGGAUGUCAUCUCCUUGCGAUUUAAGAGUUGGCAGGCAGAAGGAGUGUUGCUGCAUGGAGAGGGACAGCGAGGGGAUUACAUCACCCUGGAGCUGCACCGUGGCAGGCUCUCCCUCCACCUCAAUCUGGAUGACACCAGGAUUAGGUCCAGUAGUGGCCGUAUGGUGGUCACUCUUGGCAGCCUUCUAGAUGACCAGCACUGGCAUUCAGUCCUAAUAGAGCGUUUCAACAAGCAGGUCAACUUCACCUUGGACAGACACACUCAGCACUUCCGAGCCAAAGGAGAUGGCGACUCGUUGGAGGUUGAUUAUGAGCUCAGUUUUGGAGGCAUCCCACUGCCUGGGAAACCUGGAACAUUCCUUAGGAAGAACUUCCAUGGCUGUAUGGAGAACCUCUAUUACAAUGGAGUCAACAUUAUAGACCUGGCCAAGCGCCGAAAACCCCAGAUCUACAGUGUGGGCAACGUGACAUUUUCAUGCUCAGAGCCCCAGCUGGUGGCCAUAACUUUCCAGAGCUCCAUUGGUAGCUUCCUCUCCCUGCCAGCAUUAGAGCCCACCCUGGAAGGAUUCUCAGUGCGUUUCCAAUUUCGUACAUGGAACCCAGACGGCCUUCUGCUGUCCAGCAACCUGGCCUGGAAGCCCCACCGUCUAGUUCUCCAGAUCAGCAGUGGCCGUUUGCGCCUCACCCACCAAACAUCUCCUCUUAAGACCUCUGAGGUCUCCACAGGUCAGAGAGUUAAUGAUGGGCUCUGGCACUCAGUGAGUCUCAGGUCCCGGGGUCUACAGAUCAUCCUCACUCUGGACAAUGAGCCAGCUUCAACCAUACAGUUAGAGGACCGCCUACAGUCAAGAGACAACCUGUUUUUCGGAGGUUGCCCUUCUUCCCAGAACAGCUCCAGUUGUGUAAACCCUACAGUGGCUUUUCAGGGAUGUAUGCGUCUUAUUCUCAUCAACAACCAGCCAAUGAACCUGAUGCUCGUUCAACAAGGAAUUCUGGGGAGCUACAGCCAACUACAGUUUGAUAUUUGUGGCAUUCAAGACCGCUGUCUUCCUAAAUUCUGCGAACAUGGCGGCAGGUGUUCCCAGACGUGGAACUCUUUCUACUGUGAUUGUUCUGGAACAGGAUACAGUGGGGCCACCUGUCAUAACUCUGUCUUUGAGACAUCCUGUGAGGCACAUAGGCUGUUGGGUAGUUCCUCAGGAUUCUACUCCAUUGAUCCAGAUGGGAGUGGUCCUCUGGGUCCAGUCCAAGUCUACUGUAAUAUGACAGAGCAAAAAGUAUGGACAGUCAUCUCCCAUAACAACACAAAUCCAGUUCGGGUCCAGGGAUCCACAUUAGAGAAACCCUACAUCAUGCAUUUCAACUACAGUGCCUCUCCUGAACAACUGCACACUCUUCUAUCUGAUUCAGAACACUGUGAACAAGAGGUCACAUAUCAGUGCAGGAAAUCCCGUCUUUUCAACACAUGGGACGGCAUACCACUGUCUUGGUGGGUGGACCGUAGUGGAGAGAGACGUACCUACUGGGGAGGCUUCCUGCCUGGAGUGCAGCAGUGCUCCUGCAGCUUAGAGGAAAACUGCAUAGACAUGAACUUCUUCUGCAACUGUGACGCUGACAGAGACCAAUGGGUGAAUGAUACUGGGCUGCUCUCUUAUAAAGACCACUUGCCAGUGAGUGACAUAAUAAUAGGAGACACUUACAGGCCGGGCUCAAAGGCAGUCUACAAUGUUGGACCACUGCGUUGUUAUGGUGACACAUCUCUCUGGAAUGCUGCAUCCUUCUAUGAAGAAUCUUCAUACCUGCAUUUCCCAACUUUUCAAGCUCAGUUUUCUUUUGACAUAUCCUUCUACUUCAAGACUAGCUCCCCAACUGGAGUCUUCUUGGAGAACCUGGGUGCCCAAGAUUUCAUCCGAGUGGAGCUCAGUUCUCCAUUGGCUGUGACCUUUUCGUUUGAUGUUGGUAAUGGUGUGGUGCCUCUGGUCGUGAAGUCUCCAGUUCCUCUUAAUGAUCGGCAAUGGCACUGGGUCAGAGCUGAGCGCAAUGUGAAGGAGGCCUCGCUACAGGUGGACCAGUUGCCUUUGCGAUUCUUGGAGACACCUCUGGAUGGACACCUUCGUCUCCAGCUCAACAGCCAGCUUUUCAUAGGUGGAACAGCCUCCAGACAGAGGGGCUUUCUUGGUUGCAUUAGAGCUCUCAACAUGAAUGGGGUCAAUUAUGACCUGGAGGAGCGAGCCAAAGUGACCCCUGGGGUGAGCGCUGACUGCCCAGGACACUGCAGCAAUUCAGCUGGUCUCUGCCACAACCGGGGGAAAUGCAUUGAGAAGAGCAGUGGCUACGUAUGUGACUGCACUCACUCGGCUUAUGGAGGACCAUCCUGCAAGGAAGAGGUGUCUGUGUCCUUUGAGAGAGGCUCUUCAGUUACAUACAUCUUCCAGGAGCCCUUUUCGGUCGUGCAGAACAGGUCUGCCCAGGACUCUUCAGUAUCUUCUGAAUAUAGCAAAUCAAGGGAAGAUGUGGCCUUCAGUUUCCUCACUACUCAAAGCCCUGCCAUGCUGCUUACAGUCAACACGUUCAGUCAGCAGUAUGUGGCAGUCAUCUUGGCUCAUAAUGGAAGUCUGCAGAUUUGGUAUCGCUUUCACAAAGAAAGGACACCUAAUGUGUUCAGCCCAGGACGGGAAAGUCUGGCAGAUGGGCAGCUGCAUCGUGUCCGUAUUCACAGGGAGGGGAAGGACGUGUAUGUACAGGUUGACAAAGAAAACCAAAAAUACGCCCUCUCCUAUGACACAGAGCUUCACUCAUUACGGUCCUUGACAUUAGGCAAAUUUACAGGAAAAGAUAUACUGGAUGAAGAAGUGGCCCUUGCUGGUUCCAGAGGCUUUAUUGGAUGUUUUUCAUCUGUUCAGUACAAUCAUGUGGCUCCACUAAAAGUGGCAUUACUGAAUCGGGGGAGUUCAUUGGUGAGCAUACGUGGUCACCUGCUGGAGUCCAACUGUGGAGCUCUGGCAGAUUUAACAGCUUCAAACUCUCACACAGAUCGUGCAGAAGAGACAGGCAAAGAUCACACGAAUCAUAACGAUAAUGAUGAUCCCCAAAGUGAUUCAGCAGUAAUUGGAGGUGUUGUCACAGCUGUGGUCUUCAUCAUCCUCUGUGUAUUGGCAGUGAUGAUCCAUUUCCUCUAUCAACACCGGCGGGCCAGAAGAACUGCCAGUAUCAAAGAGAAAGAGCAUCGACACAAUUUGGAAGCUGCAUACAGGGCUGAGCUUCACCUGCACAACUCAAUGCGGGAUGGCAUGAAGGAGUAUUACAUAUGA